AUGUCAGUCACAAUAACCCCCGGAAACCCACCCCCAUUAUCAGAACUGGCACCCGUGAUUGAACGCGCUCUCUCACAAAACUUCACCCACGCAUCCGCCUCUGUCAUCCAAUGCCCCGACCUCCGCAAAGAGCCCUUCGGCCUCGCUGCCCCCGGUCUAUGCGGUGGCCCCCGCAUCGCCGAUGUAGGCGGACAGCCGAAUCUCUUCCCGAGUCCUAACUUCGAUGCAAAAUUUGAUCUCUUGUCUCUGGCGCGCGAUAUGCAGAUGGAUCCCGGGGAAGGGUUUGUCCUUGGUGCGGGCGCGGCGCCGUUCCAGGAUAUCGGGCACAAUGCAGAACUGGCCCCGAAUUUGGCUUGGAGGGAGAAGGCGGAUGGGUCGCCGGAUUUGAAUAAUGCGGAUUCGUUGAAUGUUGUGAAUGGGACGAGGGUUGUUGAGGUUCUCCCGGGUUUAGAGUCUGACGACGAUGAGGCGAUCAAGUGCCGUCCGUCUCCGAGUACGAAUUGUGCGCUUAUGGUGAAUUUGUUCGGUUCGAGUGGACACACUGGACCGGUUCUUAAAGUCACUGCGCGGGCUCGAACGGGGAUAGAGAAUUUCACAAACACGAUUCGUGCUGGUCUCCUGGAAGUAUAUGGUGAUUCCAGACCGGUUAGUCUGGGAGGAGUAUUCUUGCUUAAGUCCGGGCGAGCAAAGUUCCACGUCAUGCCUGAUUUUCCACCGGCUGAGGAGCUGCCAUUUAAGGAUCGGAAACUGCUUGAGCAGCAGUGGUUGAGGUAUCAGACUUGUGAGGCCCCGGUAGUCUGUUUGACGGUGUUUCACAGUGCAGACCCCGAGAACUUGGGGCUGAGGAUGGAGCAUACCCAUUGCUUUGAUCUGGAAGGAGAGGAAAAGGGAGGACACUAUCACUAUGAUGUUGAGGGCAAGGAUGUGGAGUAUGAGGCUUAUCUGAAUGUAGCUGAGAGUGUCUAUAGGAUUCAUCGGCCGGCAUAA